CUUGGUGUCCAGGGGAGGCCCCCGGCGGCUGGAGCACGGCGGAGGCAGGCGCAGAGGCCGGAGGGAGCGGAGGCGAGGGGCGGCCCGAGAGCGGGGAGGGAGCGAGGCGAGCGGUCAUGUGUCCGUGCCCCCUGCACCGCGGCCGCGGGCCCCCGGCGGUGUGCGCCUGCAGCGCGGGCCGCCUGGGUCUGCGCUCGUCCGCCGCGCAGCUCACCGCCGCUCGGCUCAAGGCGCUCGGCGACGAGCUGCACCAGCGCACCAUGUGGCGGCGCCGCGCGCGGAGCCGGAGGGCGCCGGCGCCCGGCGCGCUCCCCACCUACUGGCCCUGGCUGUGCGCGGCCGCGCAGGUGGCGGCGCUGGCGGCCUGGCUGCUCGGCAGGCGGAACUUGUAGGAACGCGGGGCUUCUUGGUGGGGCCGGAGCCGAGACCCAGCCGGAGAGAGCAACAGGUUGGUGAAAACCCUGUGUCCUUGGAGAAAGCUGGUUCCCGUUUUCCUGAGGGGGAGCCCGGAGCUUGAAAGGCCGCGGUUGGCACUUCGAGAAGGAAGUGGAGAGGAGCCUAGAGCCAAUAGUAGCAACGCCGAAAGGGACUGGGGAAGCCCUUUGCAUAUCCAGCUGCAGAAACAGACACCCCAAUGCUAUUUACAUACAGCUCUAUAUAUAAAAAAAGAAAAUAUUGAAUAUUACUACUCAGUGCAUGUCUUGUCGAGGACGCAAGUCCCCUCCCUUUUCUGCACCUUCCCAUGUGGACUUUGAUACUUCCAUGUCUGGGGCACUGGAAGAGAGAUGCCUACUGUGUACCUAGAAAAUGUGCAAAGACUGGUGGGAAUUAGCUCCAGAGUUGACCAACCACCUGGGGAGGGAUGCUGGUGGAGGAGAGGGUAAAAUUGCAAAAGGCAAAAUAGAAGGAAAAAAGAAAGAAAGCGAGGAAGACGAGGGGCAGUCUGGGAGUCCUUCAUUUCCAAAAGUCUUGACAAGUCCUAGUCUCUCUGUACGUGUGUGUAGGUCAAUAGCCAGUCCCACUGUCAGAACAAGACAAAAGGGAUUUUUUUUUUUUUUUCCUACCAGUCUGGUGUCUCUGGUGCUUCACUUAAAUUUUGCUGGUGCUGUGUUCUUGCCGGUGCUGCCAUGGCGUUCUGUUGCCAGACUGCAAGGCCAGGGGACGAGAGAGUUCUAUUUUGCUGUUUCAAAUUCUUUUUUUAAAGGGACAAGUCGCAAAAGUGCCACUUGAGAGUCUCUGCUCUUUCUCUGUGGGGAUGAAAAAUCCAGAGGUGUUUUGGAGCAAACCCUGGGGUCUGGGAGGGAGGAAGGGAGGGGGAGGUACCGAGUGCUUGCUGGUUACUGAGGUGGAAAGCUGACCUCAUAUGUGACUUGUUUGCUUUAUCCUCUGCCCCUGAGAAAGUACCCUGGGAGUACAGCGCAUGGCCUCUCCUACUCCCCAAGGGGAUUUCAGGGCUUAGAUUUUAUGGAUUAAAGGGCCAAGAAAUGGCUACGUUCUGGUCAAGGGUGAUUUAUAAGCAAGAGGCACUGGGGGAGGGAGCGGGUCACUUAAAUGAAAUGCACCAGCAUCUCACUGACUGACAGAAGGUCUGAUUUUUUUGUUUGAUUUCCCCAGGAUGAGCUACUAUUUUCAGAAGUUUCUAGAAGGGCUAAAAAAAAAAAAAAAAAAAAAAAAAAAAAAGAUGUGUGCUGGACUGAGACUUGGCUGCAAAGACUCUUCAGGGAGCAGUGAUUAUAUUUUGCUUUUAUUUUUUGAAAAAUGUAAAAGAAAGAAAACCCCAGGUAUUACUCCUCUGUGCUGGGUCUUACACAGUGCCGUGUGCAAAGCUGAGAUGGUGGGGCACCAGGCUUCAGGGUCAGACUGUCAUUCUGCAGGCCACCACCCAGUCCCUAUGGGCAGGGGGGUCCACUGGGCUGAUUAGCAGACACCCUUGCUGUUCUAAGAAGCCAGCAGAGGGAUCAGCCGUUGUUGAGGUUGACAUGGGGCUGAAUUAUUCCCCAUAGGCUUUGGUGAAAAUUACCAGGUCCUUUAGAAUGCAGGACCUUUUAGUGCUGUUGCAAGCUGGGAGCUGUCUUUCUUUCUUUCUUUUAUCCAGGCCUUAUGUUUUCCUAAAUAGACCUUUAAAGACAAAUGUGACCCAAAGCUGCUGAAGGUGAGGGCAGCCCCCACCCCCACCCCCAGCCAGCUUGUUGAUGGAGAACUUGCUUCCUUUCAUUCUGGGGGCCCUCCCCUCCAGUUAAUUUUGCAGGGGAUGGGUAUGUAGGCAGGGUCUGCAGAGAGCAGCAGGCGACAUCCCCAGCAAGCCACGAACUUAGAGAAGGCAAAUUAAUUAGAAUGAUAGGAAACACAGUCCCCUGUCUCUGUAUCGUCCCUUUCCGAGCCAGACGCUAGAGUCUUUCCAGCUCAGCCUAUUUUUUGGGGAGGGGGUUUUCAUUACUAUAAUGGUAUGUGAUCACAGCUCUCUGCUGCCCUGAGGCUGUACCUUCAACACGGCAGUGGGGCCCUGCUGACCAUCUAGACACGGGAGAGGGGGAAAGGUCAGAGAAUCCCUUUCUCAGCCCUGACUUGCCUACCAGCUUCUGACAUUUCUGAGGGAGGAUCCAAAUCCAAAUGCCCAGGUUGGCAUUUGGGGCAAUUUUGAUUUCAAUGAAGCCACACCGCUGAGAACUGGGCACCCUUGACCUGAUGGAGCUUUACAGCCAAGUCCCUUGUACAUAUUCUCUUGUAUUAAUAGAAACUGUGUAUUUAUCUAAUCCUGGCUUUUUCUUGCACAUCAUUAAUUUGAGUGCACUUCUCGACUGCCCCGAUUUUUGACAAGGGGUUGUUUUUAAUGCUUGUUUUUAUAUGAGAUUUGACUUCUUGAUGGACAUUUGUAUUAGGAAAUUGAAGCAUGAUAUAUAUGUAUAUAUUGUCCCCACCGUCUCGGAGGCUGCAUUACUUGGAUUGCAUGAGAUAGUGGGGUGGUGUUUCUUCUUCUUCUUCUUCUUCUUUUUUUUUUAAAUAUUUCCACAGUGUGCAAAGUGCUGGCACCAUCCCUCCCUCUCUCCCCCGCUUUUCUCUGGCUGCCAAGGAGUCAUUGAUUUUGAUUAGCUUCACUGCAGAGCGUCUGUGAAGAGAGGGAGAGGGAGGGAGGCUUUGAAAUAAAUUUUAAAAAAGACCUCAUAUCGGGUUUCAGCAGACAGCAGAGUGUGUGUGUGUGUGUGUGUGUGUGUGCAUGUGUACAUGCGCGCUCGCGUGUGCAUGUCCGUGCAAAGCAGAGGGAGGCCUCUGAGAUCAUUGUUUAGGUAGCUUGCUGCAUAAUGAGGUGAGGAGGAAACAGAAGGGCCUCCUUCCUGGUGGUGCUGGUUGCUCUCAGAGGGUGGGGGUCCGGGAGCCACAAGGAUCGGAGCCUCCUGGGACCUCAACAUUCCCCUUCCAAAUUAGAUCCAUUCCCUUCUGGAAGCUUCUCUCCCCAUCCCCCAAAAGCAAGUAAGAUCUCUUUACCCCAUUUCAAAGUUGGGGUUCCAUUUCAUGAUCCUGGUGCAGAUGUAGCUGGAAUAACAGAUUUCUGGGGGGUGGGGGGAGCGCUUUCCCCCUCUCUGGCUGCUGUCCAUGGUCCUACGCCAUAGGCACCUCCCAGAACCCAGUUCCCAUUUUGUUUUCCUCUAUUUCUUUGGGCUACUGGAGACUUCUUUUCCACUUCUUCCAGUGGUCUCAUUUAAGAAAUUCUUUUCGAUUUUGAUGGGAAAAAAGCGGUGAUUUAAAUAAUAUUGUCACAGGACCACAUGACUUUGGUUUCACAAUUUACGUUUCUGAUGAUGAUAAAAUAUCACUUCCCUUCUUUGGGAAAUUGGGGGAAUCCAGUUGGUCCUGCACCUUUGGGGACACUGGUUUGCCACUGUGGACUCUUUGAGUGGCCAUCUGGUAUCAGAAGCUGCGGUGAUCAGAACACAGGUUUUGUUCUUCUAUGUGGAUACCAAUUCCUUUUCUAACUCUUUCCUUAAGUCAGCCUGAGCCAAGCAGAGUCGGGAGUUGCUUAGGGGUUAAAGAGGGACGGGCUAGACACCCUGGUCUACUCCCAUAGUGAUGGAGGAUAUUGAUGUCAGAAGUGUCAUUUUAAAGCUUAAAACCAAAAGUUUUGUGUUUUUUUUUUUUUUUUUAAAUAUUAAUGUUCAUUCCAUACCUAUUUACUGAGCACCUACAAUGUGCCAGGUUGCAGAAUCCCAUCUGGGAAGAAACUUAGGUAUGGAGCACCGAGGGGCAGCCCUGCUUGGAACCAGAUGACGCUAAUUGUCCCUUUCUGGUCUGGUUCAUGGUCUUUAACAGAUUUGUCAGGUCAUCCCUAUGACCCCAAGCCUCGCUGGCAGAUUGUUCUGUAGUAUUGCUAUUUACCGAGCACCGCACUAUCGUGAAGGCGAUUUAAAUUAAAGCCUGUGAUCUCAACACACUCCCAGCAUGAAGAGACUGGUUCUUGCUGCUUCACAUGGUAACAAAAGCCACCAUCGACAGCGCAUGCUCACCAGUCCGGAGCCCUGCGCUGAGUGCUUAACACGUGUCCCCUCAGUUAUUCCUCAUACCCAUUUUGGAAGACAGUAGUUAUUAUUCCCAUUUUACAGUUGAGGAAGCUGAGACUCAGACAUUUUGCAACUUUGCCCAAGGCCGCACAUACAGAGUGAAGUGGCCAAGCCAAGAUUUGAACUCAGGUCCGUGUGACCACCCCCCAAACCCAUGAGGUAACUACCCUGCUUCACUAGAUUCCCUCCUGAGCUGCUCCAGGGCACUGCUAGUUCAAGGGCAAGCACAGCCUGGGACCCAGCAGGGAGCAAGGAAGCCUGACUUAGAUCCACUGUAAGGAGUGUUGGGUUUGAAGACACUCCAGGACAGGGUGGAUGGUUUAGGUGGGGAUUUUAUGUAUUUGUUCCCUGCCAUUUGUGUCCUUAAUUUCUAUAAGGUCCCUGGAAGGAGCAUCUAGUUUGCAAACAGGGCCUGUUCAACUUACUUCCUAGGACAUGGGAAGCUUUUCUUACCUCUCUCCUGUCCCCUCCCUGACCUGAACCCUUAAGGCUUUUGCACUAUACGUGCCCAAGAGCCUAUGUGUGUAUGUGGCAGACACGGUUGGGGGGGUGUUUGGAACCUCACCGAGGCCUCUGGCUCAGCCAGAGAGGCAACAAGCUUGGGAACAUUCCGUUCUGGGUUCUAACCUUGCUGGUUUGUUGUGCUCUUUUGUAAGAGGAAUUUCGUACCUUGGAGACGCUUUGUACAUAUUUGUAAUGACUUUAUUAAAAAACUGGUUGUGUGCUUCCA